AUCAAUAAUAUAUAUAUACAAACAUUAAAUACGUAAAUAGUGCUAAAGUGACACAAAGCGUUUGAAACAGCUUCCAGCCUCAGAGUUCAUCACAAUCGCGGUGGGAGGGGGACCGUGCAGGAGUUACACUCGUUCCUGUAUUGAUGAGUCUUUCACCGCUCCUGGAACAUUUAAUGCAAUACCCGAGUAUUCCUCGAUACCUCCAACACUAGUGAACGCCAGAGUUCUCAGCCAAGUCUGUCAUCAUGUCUGGUGGUCCAGCGGUGAGGAUCAGCAUCGAGUCUUCCUGUGAGAAGCAGGUGCAGGAAGUGGCCCUGGAUGGGACCGAGACCUAUGUCCCUCCUCUAUCCAUGUCCCAGAACUUGGCAAAGUUGGCACAAAGAAUUGACUUCAGCCAGGGAUCCGACUCAGAGGAGGAUGUUGAGGGAGAACCCAAGGACCGAGAAUGGGGCAAGCAGGAUGGAGAGGAGGAAGAAGGCACAGUAAAAUUUCAGCCGUCUCUUUGGCCCUGGGAUUCGGUGCGUAACAACCUCCGCAGCGCCCUCACAGAGAUGUGUGUACUGUAUGAUGUGCUCAGCGUGGUGAAGGAGAAGAAGUACAUGGCUUUAGACCCCGUGUCUCAGGAUCCAGCAGCUGGAAAGACACCACAAGUUUUCCAGCUGAUCAGUAAAAAGAAAUCGUUGGCCACAGCAGCUAUGAUCCUUCAAAAGGGAGCAGAGAAGCUCAGUAAGUCAGUCGCAGAGAACCAGGAAAACAGGAGGCAACGGGAUUUCAACUCUGAGCUGCUGCGGCUGCGCUCACAGUGGAAACUACGCAAAGUUGGAGACAAGAUCCUGGGAGACCUCAGCUACCGCAGUGCAGGCUCCCUUUUCCCCCAUCAUGGCACAUUUGAAGUGAUCAAAAAUACUGACAUUGAUCUGGACAAAAAAAUCCCAGAGGAUUACUGCCCACUGGACGUCCAGAUCCCCAGUGACCUGGAGGGGUCUGCUUACAUUAAGGUGUCCAUUCAGAAACAAGCUCCUGACAUUGGUGAUCUGGGAACCGUCAGCCUUUUCAGACAACAGCAAAAGAACAAAGCUGGUACGCAGCAAUGGCACGUGAAACUGGAGGCGGCUCAGAAUGUUUUGCUCUGUAAGGAGAUCUUCGCCCAGCUGUCCAGGGAGGCAGUUCAGAUCAAAUCCCAGAUCCCUCACAUUGUUGUGAAAAACCAGAUCAUCUCACAGCCAUUCCCAG